AUGGUCUCCCUAUUUGACAUUCUCCACAAACCAUCAGAAUGGAAUGAAAUCUCGACUGGUGUCGAUAGUCUUGAUUCACUUAUACGAGUCGAUGGAUCUCAAGCAAUACUUGACUUUCAAUCUACACCUUUACACAACUGCAUGUUUGCUGUGGUCUGCAACAUGAUGAUUUCAUACUUGGAACUGAAAUCGCAAGGAAAAAUCAUAGUUUUGGAGACGUUCAACCAGUUUCCGUGGAAGCUUUUUCGCCAACAUCCGAGAUACAACGAGCUGUUCGACCGGUGUAUCACUCGAUACUCACUUCCAACAUUCAGUCAAAUUCUCGCAUUUCUUAUGAUCAAAAGGCUGGAAAAGUAUGAUUGUUCUCCAUUUAUCGUCAUAAUGAACUUUCACGAAGUUGUGGAAUAUUAUCGACUCCAACUUGUGGCCGCUUUUGAAGAGGCUUUGCUCAAGCUCGAAGUCGAUUGGAAUACAGCUUACAUUGAAAAGUUAAAGAAUACUGAUUCGGCCACAUCUGCAGACAAAACCCUACCAGAUCCCCCGGAUUCGACUUUAUUUAGAGAAAGCCCUUUUGCAAAAUUCCAAAGUCAUGUUGAUGUGAUGUUCAAAUACCUCAACGAAUUUGCUACGUGCCAGCAACUGAUGAUAUUGCUAUUAGGGUGCAUGGAUGUAAAGAUGAAUACCUUGAGAACUGAUUCUGAAACGGAGGACAAUUACAUUCCUGCCAAGUCGAAUACGACCGUGGAACCAUCCCCUAAAAUGCGAAGCAAAUCCCGGUUUGAGCCUACCAAAUACGACCAUAGACAAAUGGGUACUCGAAAUUUGAAUGAAAACAAGAUCCACCAAAGAGUUCUAUUCUACAAUGAUUUUCUCAUUAAUAGCCGCUAUUAUCUGGAUAAUAAGGAAGAAGCUAACAAAAAAUGUGAUAGAGUCGUGGCCGUCGCUAAAGCUGAUAAGGAGAAUGUGGCUGGAAAUAUUAUGGAACCGGUGUACUUUGAUUUCAUGGAUCUGGUGGACGCUGAAAGUACCCAAAAUGCCUCUUGGCUAAUAGACUUGCUGCAUUUUGAGGAAGAGCCAUUGAGCUCCUUCCUUGAGGAGUCAAUUGUCAUUACUCAGCAGCAAUUGAGACCAUCAUCUGAGAGACAGAACAAGCGUCCCAAACUAACGAAUGACUUUCCCUCUUCACCAGUCAAGUACUGUGACCCAACACAAAACAGUUCAAAUUCUGUUGGAUCACCGAAUUUUAUACAUGAUUCCGUAAUUGAGGGAUCAGAUGUGGAGCUGACGGGAACCGUUUUCGAUGAAAUUUAG